AUGUCUGAACAUCAGCAUACCUGCCCAGAAACUGCUCCAGCCAGCGAAAGCAGGGCUUUCCGAAACUCUAUUAACCUGGAAGAGGACUGGACCAAGAUUACCGACCUCGCUGGACGCCGGAGAAUUCAAAACCGCAUAGCCCAACGCAAACACCGCAAUAAGCUCAAGAGACGCCUCGAGGAUCUCGAGAGACGCGUCUCACAGAAGGACUCAACAGCCGCCGCUCAGAAGCAGACGCCAGCAGAAAGUGGCAAGUACCAGUCGCAAUCCUCAGUCCAGACACAUAUAAUGCCAGCCUCAACGGAGACCCUGCACCGGGGCCUAUCCAUUUGUCCAAAACACGCCGAUAAGGAGCUUCACUUCUCACAGACCUAUAACGACGGUUAUGGAAGGUCAAACGCUGAUUCACAGUUGGAUUAUUUGACGUACCCUCUACUGCAAGAGAUGCUCCUGGCUCCGUUACAAAACACUCAGCCAUGCCCAAUAACCACGGAGAUCUACCCGACGCAACCAACGGCAGCCGUACCGGUGACACUAUUCCCGGUGAAUCACUUGAAUGGUGCUACGAAUGAUGUCAGCAAGCUUCACUCCGGUGGCGAUGAUCGCUGCGCUUACAUAAACUACAACUAUGUUUCUGCUCCUGGCUUCUGCUCCCCGAAAUCCUGCAAUCUUUCACCAUCACUCUUUCAGCCACUCGAAAGAUGA